AUGUCUAGCGACAAAGAGCCACAAACCUCCCGGCGCGCUUGCAACGACCCAGUCGGGAACGGGCCAUACGCUGCGCCAGUCAACGGCAAAGGCUGCGGCUGGUGUGACAAUCAGGACAAGUAUGGCUACGGCUCCAGUUCCAUUUACUUUGGUGGAAAGUGGGCACUUGGCAAGCUGUUGAAUAAAGGAAAUGAGGAGGAGAAGGAGAAGGGAAAGGGAAAGAAGGAGAGUAACUAG